AUGGUAGAAAUUUCACAAGAAAGUAUUUUACCGUACUUUAAAAUUGACAAUUUCGAUGACCUCUUGACAGGUGAUACAGAUGAUAAAUUUAACGUUGAGGUGCUAGAAGAUGAGUUUAGAGAAAAGUCUGAUUCUGAGAGCGAUUUUGAAAGUAAUAAAAGUGUAAACAGUCUUUCAGAUGUUAAUAUAAAUGAAGACAACGAAAGUUUAAUAGAAAAUCCAGCUAAAAACGUCUCGAAAACGUAUAUAAACAAAAAAUUAGUUAAUGUUCCAAGCUGUAAAAACGAUUCACGGAAACAAACUAAAAAGAACAAAGAUAUUACUUUUCAUCGAUUUCCUAAAUGUCGUCAAUUGUCAAAUAAAUGGGUGACAGCAAUAAAAAGACCCAACUGGGAGCCAAACAUCUGGAGUUUUGUUUGUUCCAUGCAUUUUAGUGCUUCGUCUAUUUAUGAAACCAAGGGUGGACUGCGCAAGCUGGUUGGAGGUGCAAUACCUGAGCUUAAACUUGAAGAUGAAGCAAAAGAAGAUUUCAUGGAAGAAAAGCUGGUGCUGCUGUCGUCAAUAAGUCCACAGUUGUCAAAUCCAUCUACGAAUGAUAGAGUGCUGCUAUCUAAUAAUGAAACUAUAGAAACUAUAUAUAUAACAAUGCCAGAAGUAAUGAAUGACAAUACAGUAGCGACAUCUAUAGAUAAUGAGCAACGUGAGCGUAGACUAAAACGUCAAAUCACCAAUUUACAGGAAAUUGCGAAACGGCGGCGAUUACGUUGCAAUGCUCUUUACGUACAAAGAAAUCGUAUGAAAAAAAAAAUAGCGUCUCUAACAAAAAUGCUUGCGGAUUAUCGUCAAAAAGAUCUAAUAACACAAAAACGCAAAAGUAAUUCAAGUUUGGUUAAAAAAACGAACAUA